GCCGGUAAGUCGUCCAGCGGGGCCGGCUGCGGUGGGGUGCGCUUCCGGGGAAAUGCGGCUGCGGGCGCUCGGGAACCACGCCUGGCAGGUCGGGCAGGUCUUCCCUCAGCCCAGCCCUGCUCACCCCGCGUCCGGACUUUGCCGUCCAGAGUGUCGGGGACCCCCACUGCUGCUGCCCGCGGUCCAGCUCCCUCUCCAUCCUUUCAGACCGCUCCACCCCUCUCACAGCCUUUGUCCUGGCGUUUCCAGGCUGGGUCGCCCCUUUCUCCCCUUUCGCCGAGGUCUUCCUCCUUCCACCCUCCACCCCCAAGAAGGAUCUUUGCCCUUCCGUCUUAAGAUUCCGUCUGCCCUCGUCCGGGCGACCCGCAGCGGGAGGCUUUCAUCUCCUGUCUCGGUGCGGCGGGCUGGGAAGGAGGGGCAGCUGGAUGGUGGAGGGGCCUGAGCCUCAGGGACCUGCCCCCACUGCCACUCACCCUCAACGCUGCUGUGGACACCCGCCUCCUCCAUACCCUCUGAUCCCUUCUGGGCCCCGCGUGAGAAACCCCCUCGGGCACCCGUCAGGCGGCGUGGGAGGGGGCGACAAAGCGAGGCCUUGUCUCCGGAGAUUCCUGGGAGAGUGCGCCCGGGCGCACAGGGGGCGGGGCGGGGUAGGGGUCGAUCAGGGAGGGGGGAACCUGGGAGGGGCGAAGCCGGCUGCGGUCGACCCCCAGCCCUACCCACGGCCCCUUGGAGUAGGGCACAUUCACAGAGGAAGCGUUUUGACCACAGUGCGUCAGAAAUAGACCCAGGCCUCCUUUCCCCAGUCAGUCGCAACAUCCUCCCGCCGUUUGUUGAGGUAGUUUGGUGGAGGGAAGUGGAACCCACGCGGACAGAGGCCGUUUCUCUGUCAGGAGGCAAGCACGAGUGCUGAGAAAAACUUUGCCCUUGCCAUGAGACACUUUUCACACCCAGCGUGGCACUGAGGCCAUCAAGGGGCGCCGCCACUCGCCUCUGCCCAGCUGCUGCCCUCCCCAGUAGGCCUCCAUGGCUUCACCCACCUCCACCAACCCAGCGCAUGCCCACUUUGAGAGCUUCCUGCAGGCCCAGCUGUGCCAGGACGUGCUGAGCAGCUUCCAGGAGCUAUGUGGGGCCCUGGGGCUGGAACCCGGUGGGGGGCUGCCCCAGUACCACAAGAUCAAGAACCAGCUCAACUACUGGAGUGCCAAGUCACUGUGGACCAAGCUGGACAAGCGAGCAGGCCAGCCUGUCUACCAGCAGGGCCGGGCCUGCACCAGCACCAAGUGCCUGGUGGUGGGUGCUGGACCUUGCGGGCUGCGGGUCGCUGUGGAGCUGGCGCUACUGGGGGCCCGAGUGGUGCUGGUAGAAAAGCGCACCAAGUUCUCUCGCCACAACGUGCUCCACCUCUGGCCCUUCACCAUCCAUGACCUGCGGGCACUCGGUGCUAAGAAGUUCUACGGGCGCUUCUGCACUGGCACCCUGGACCACAUCAGCAUCCGGCAGCUCCAGCUGCUUCUGCUGAAGGUAGCAUUGCUGCUGGGGGUGGAAAUUCACUGGGGUGUCACUUUCACUGGCCUCCAGCCCCCUUCUAGGAAGGGGAGUGGCUGGCGUGCCCAGCUCCAACCCAACCCCCCUGCCCAGCUGGCCAACUAUGAAUUUGAUGUCCUUAUCUCGGCUGCAGGAGGUAAAUUCGUCCCUGAAGGCUUCAAAGUUCGAGAAAUGCGAGGCAAACUGGCCAUUGGCAUCACAGCCAACUUUGUGAAUGGACGCACUGUGGAGGAGACACAGGUGCCGGAGAUCAGUGGUGUAGCCAGGAUCUACAACCAGAGCUUCUUCCAGAGCCUUCUCAAAGCCACAGGCAUUGAUCUGGAGAACAUUGUGUACUACAAGGACGACACCCACUACUUUGUGAUGACAGCCAAGAAGCAGUGCCUGCUGCGACUGGGGGUGCUGCGCCAGGACUGGCCAGACACCGAUCGGCUGCUAGGCAGUGCCAAUGUGGUGCCCGAGGCUCUGCAGCGCUUUGCCCGGGAAGCUGCUGACUUUGCCACCCAUGGCAAGCUCGGGAAACUAGAGUUUGCCCAGGAUGCCCAUGGGCAGCCUGAUGUCUCUGCCUUUGACUUCACGAGCAUGAUGCGGGCAGAGAGUUCUGUUCGUGUGCAAGAGAGGCAUGGCGCCCGCCUGCUGCUGGGACUGGUGGGGGACUGCCUGGUGGAGCCCUUCUGGCCCCUGGGCACUGGAGUGGCACGGGGCUUCCUGGCAGCCUUUGACGCAGCCUGGAUGGUGAAGCGGUGGGCAGAGGGCGCUGAGUCCCUAGAGGUGUUGGCUGAGCGUGAAAGCCUGUACCAGCUUCUGUCACAGACAUCCCCAGAAAACAUGCAUCGCAAUGUGGCCCAGUAUGGGCUGGACCCAGCCACCCGCUACCCAAACCUGAACCUCCGGGCAGUGACCCCCAAUCAGGUACGAGACCUGUAUGAUGUGCUAGCCAAGGAGCCUGUGCAGAGGAACGGCGACAAGACAGAUACAGGGAUGCCAGUCACCGGGUCGGCAGGCACCCAGGAGGAGCUGCUACGCUGGUGCCAGGAGCAGACAGCUGGGUACCCGGGAGUCCACGUCUCCGAUUUGUCUUCCUCCUGGGCUGACGGGCUAGCUCUGUGUGCCCUGGUGCACCGGCUGCAGCCUGACCUGCUGGAACCCUCAGAGCUGCAGGGGCUGGGAGCUCUGGAAGCAACUGCUUGGGCACUAAAGGUGGCAGAGCAUGAGCUGGGCAUCACACCGGUGGUGUCUGCACAGGCCAUGGUAGCAGGGAGUGACCCACUGGGCCUCAUUGCCUACCUCAGCCACUUCCACAGUGCCUUCAAGAGCGCGGCCCACAGCCCAGGCCCUGUCAGCCAGGCCUCACCAGGGACCUCCAGUGCUGUAUUAUUCCUUGGUAAACUUCAGAGGACCCUGCAGCGAUCCCGGGCCAAGGAAAACGCAGAGGAUGCUGGCGGCAAGAAGCUGCGCUUGGAGAUGGAGGCCGAGACCCCAAGUACUGAGGUGCCACCUGACCCAGAGCCUGGUGUACCCCUGACACCCCCAUCCCAACACCAGGAGGCCAGUGCCGGGGACCUGUGUGCACUUUGUGGGGAACACCUCUAUGUCCUGGAACGCCUCUGUGUCGAUGGCCAUUUCUUCCACCGGAGCUGCUUCCGCUGCCAUACCUGUGAGGCUACACUGUGGCCAGGUGGCUAUGAGCGGCACCCAGGAGAUGGACAUUUCUACUGCCUCCAGCACCUGCCCCAGCCAGACCACAAAGAGGAAGGCAGUGAUGGAGGUCCUGAGAGUCCGGAGCUCCCCACACCAAGUGAGAAUAGCAUGCCACCAGGCCUCUCAACUCCCACAGCCUCACAGGAGGGGGCCGGUCCUGUUCCAGAUCCCAGCCAGCCCACCCGUCGGCGGAUCCGCCUCUCCAGCCCGGAGCGCCAGCGGUUGUCCUCCCUUAACCUUACUCCUGACCCGGAAAUGGAGCCUCCACCCAAGCCCCCCCGCAGCUGCUCUGCCUUGGCCCGCCACGCCCUGGAGAGCAGCUUUGUGGGUUGGGGCCUGCCAGUCCAGAGCCCUCAAGCUCUUGUGGCCAUGGGGAAGGAGGAAGAAGAGAGUCCCUUCUCCAGUGAAGAGGAAGAAGAAGAAGAUGUGCCUUUGGACUCAGAUGUGGAACAGGCCCUGCAGACCUUUGCCAAGACUUCAGGCACCAUGAAUAACUACCCAACAUGGCGUCGGACUCUGCUGCGCCGUGCGAAGGAGGAGGAGAUGAAGAGGUUCUGCAAGGCCCAGACUAUCCAACGGCGACUAAAUGAGAUCGAGGCUGCCCUGAGGGAGCUAGAAGCCGAGGGUGUGAAGCUGGAGCUGGCCUUGAGGCGCCAGAGCAGUUCCCCAGAACAGCAAAAGAAACUAUGGGUAGGACAGCUGCUACAGCUCGUUGACAAGAAAAACAGCCUGGUGGCUGAGGAGGCCGAGCUCAUGAUCACGGUGCAGGAGUUGAACCUGGAGGAGAAACAGUGGCAGCUGGACCAGGAGCUACGAGGCUACAUGAACCAGGAAGAAACCCUAAAGACAGCUGCUGAUCGGCAGGCUGAGGACCAGGUCCUGAGGAAGCUGGUGGAUUUGGUCAACCAGAGAGAUGCCCUCAUCCGCUUCCAGGAGGAGCGCAGGCUCAGUGAGCUGGCCUUGGGGACAGGGGCCCAGGGCUAGAUGAGGGUGGGCCGUCUGCUUUCGUUCCCACAAAGAAACCACCUCACCCCAGCACAGUGCCACCCCUGUUCAUCUGGGCUGCCUGGCAGAGAGCCUUGCUGUUUACAAUUAAAAUGUUUCUGCCACAAA